AAACCUCAUUAUCUGCCCAAUACAAACCUCCAUUAACAUAUGCAUUGAUGCAUCAUCCAAAAUUAGUGGCGUAUAUUAACAAUUAGAUUAAGCAUGACGUGUGGAUUUGUGUUCUUCGUUGCUUUAUAAUCUAAAUUAAAUAGAAUAUUGCAUGAGAAGUCCCCUAACAUUCGCAGCCAAUAAGCAUAAGCACGACCCUUGAUCAUGGAUUAAUAUGUAUUUCUACUUUGGAUUAAAUAUGAAUCAGUCAUUAAACUUAAAGAGUGUCUUUGUUUUAUACUCCACCUAAAUCCUCUUUACAAUAAGUACAGUUACAGUACUAGUAAAAGGAUAGUUUGUAUAUGGGGGUCUUGAAAAUGUGCUGCUGUGAAAUGAGUUUUGGUUUCAAGUCUCUUAAUUGAUUAAUGUGUCUGAAGGAACAUAUUCAAGAGUCUUCAUUUUUGGAUAUUUAUGACACUAUAAUAAUACCCAUAAAGUUUGCUGAGGAAAUAAAACAACUCAACACAUUCAUUAAGUAACAGAGAUUAACAGACAGAAACUACCGAUCAUCUAUAGUGGGGCAAUACUUGAUAUGAGAAUAUUUAAUCCGGAAGUUAAAGAAUAUGACAAUACUUUGAAGUUUGAAGCAUGAAGAACCAUUUCAAUGGUAUCAAUCUCUUGCUCAUUCGACUUUGGUGGAAUUCUUCAAAGCCUAACAACCCAAACAUUGAAGCACAACUCUAGUUUCUUGGGAUUAACUUCCUUGAGUAAUGAGUAUAUAAAUUUUCUCAUCCAUUUCUGUGGCUAAUUAUCUUUGGAUUCUCACUGAUUGAUAUUCACAGAGCAAUUUGAGUUCUGUGUUGGCAUUGCAUGUUUGAUGGAGGAAGAAUAGUGUAUAAAUAGAGAUAUAAUAGGUGAGAAACAUGGAUUGGCUGGACAAUUUGAAUUUUCGAAAUUGGUUGCUGAAAUAAUUGCUUUUGGAUUAAUAUUCUACAAUUGAGGAGAACCUAAGCUACCCUAUGUCUCCGAUAUCUGCUCCCUAAGAUUUAAUGAGGCAUGCAUAUUUGAAUAGUAUUUGCCUUCUUUGCUUAAAACUUUCAAAAAGGUUGUAUCCUGCACCCUUGCUUCCUCCCAUUCAAAGUGUUCAAUGUUCAUUUACUCAUGCUGCUACACGUCAUCUCAAAGCAUGCAUGCAUGUUGCACUAUGAUGCUGCAGAGAACAUCAAUCCCACAUAGAUGAAGCAUCAGACUUAGCAUCCAUGAAGUUGAAAUGCAGUGGUCAUAUAACACUUGGACAAAAAGGAGAUGGUGGCACCUAUGGAGGAGGAGGAGAAUUCAUCAAGCAGGAGGAGGAGUGAAUCUAAAGAUGAGAUUCCCUUAUCUGAGCUGCUAGAUUUGGAAAUUAGAUGGCCAAGUGAGGCAGAGAGAACUCUGUCUAGUAAUUCAGAUUCGGAAGCAUUCCAGGGGAAGAGUUCGUUGAGUUUGGCUGGAGUUGAUCUUGAUGGUUUUUUCGAUCACAGGGAAUCCGAUUCAAAUGCGUCUGGACAGACAAUGGCUUUCGGAGAUCAAGUGGGUGAUACUGCUUCUUAUAGUGCCAUCCAAGCUGGUGAAAAUCUUAGUUUGUUUCAGAAUGUCCAAGCUUCAGAAUUGGCUACACCUACAAGGUCUAUGGAAGAUCAGAGUGAUGAUUCCUUUUCUGGUUGGGCGGCCAACUUUAGAUCCGCUAGUUCUGGUCCAGUUAAUGAAGAGCCCGAGUCAUCAUUUGGUCAUUCUAAAGUUCAAGAUACAGUAUCUGGAUCCUCGAAAGAUGAUUUCAAUCAUUCAGUGUCCAAAGGAAAUGAUUGGUUUCAGGUUGAUGGAUGGAGAACUUCUAACCUAGAGGUACCUAACCAGAGCGGCAAACCAGAGCUGAAUGUGGAUUUUAAUGAUACCAAAACAGCAGAAAGCGCUACCAGUUCCUCUACCAGAAAUUUGGACUGGAUGCAAGAUGACCAAUGGCAAAGGAGUGAUAAUAAAACAACUGCUGCUGUUGUUACUGAGGCGGUUGAAUAUUCAUUUGAUGGAUGGAAUGAUUUUACUGGCUCAGCUAGAGCUAGUGCACAAGAUCCUUCAAGUAUUAUUUCCAGAUCAAAUAUAACUGAGCAGGUUGGAAAAUCUGAAAUUACCGCUGAUCUUAACAAUACCAAAGCAGAAGGUAAUAGCCCUUCUAUUGAAGAUUUCAGCUGGAUGCAAGAUGACAUAUGGCCAGGUAGCAAUAACAAGACAACUGAUACCAAGAGUACUAAUAACGUUGAGGAUUCAUUUGAUGACUGGAAUGAUUUCAGUGGAUCAGCCAAUGCACAAUAUUUGCCCAGUAAUCUCUCCAACUCCAAGAUAACAGGUGAGUCUGGCAAAUCCGAACUUGCCAAGAAUAAUGAUGAUAAAAGAAUAGCAGGAGGUGAUAGUGGCUCAUCUAGAAAUUUUGACUGGAUGCAAGAUGAUCAACAGCUGGUUAGCAAUAACCAGGCUUCUGACGUAGUGACAACUAAUGAAGAUGCUGAUUCAUUUGAUAAUUGGAAUGAUUUGACUGGCUCCCCUGUUACACAAAAUCCUUCCAAUAGUGUUUUGUAUUCUGAGACAAACAUUCUAGCUGGGAAAUCUGAGACUUCUGUUGAUGCUCACCAAACCAAAACAGAGGUAGGUAAUAGCUCUUCUAUUGAAGAUUUCAACUGGAUGCAAGAUGACGGAUGGCCAAGUGGCAAUAACAAGACAACUGAUGCCAAGGGUACUAAUGAAGAUGCUGAUUCAUUUGAUGACUGGAAUGAUUUCGCUGGAUUAGCCAAUGCACAACAUUUGUCCAGUAAUCUCUCCAACUCCAAGAUAACAGGUGAGUCUGGCAAAUCCGAACUUGCCAAGAAUAAUGAUGAUAAAAGAAUAGCAGGGGGUGAUAGUGGCUCACCUAGAAAUUUUGACUGGAUGCAAGCCAAUCAAUGGCAGGGGAGUAAUGACCAAGCUUCUGGUAUUGCGACCACUAAUGAGGGUGCUGAUUCAUUUGAUGAUUGGAAUGAUUUUACUGGAUCCCCUGUUACACAAAAUCCUUCCGGUAGUGUUUCUUAUUCUGAGAUAAAUGUUCUAGCUGGGAAAUCUGGGACUUCUGUUGACUGUCAUCAAACUAAAACAGAAGUAGGUAAUAGCUCUUCUAUUGAAGAUUUCAGCUGGAUGCAAGAUGAAGGAUGGCCAGGUAGCAAUAACAAGACAACUAAUACCAAGGGUGCUAAUGAAGAUGCUGAUUCAUUUGAUGACUGGAAUGAUUUCACUGGAUCAGCCAAUGCCCAAAAUUUGUCCAGUAACCUCUCCAACUCUGAGAUAAAGGGUGAGACUGGCAAAUCUGACUUUGCCAUGGAUAAUGAUGAUAAAAAGAUAUCAGAAGGUGCUAGUGGUGCAUCUAGAAAUUUUGACUGGAUGAAUGAUGAUCAAUGGCAGGGGAGCAAUAACCAGGCUUCUGGUAUUGUGACUACUAAUGAUGAUGCUGAUUCAGCUGAUGAUUGGAAUGAAUUUACUGGACCCUCUCUUGCACAAAACCCUUCUAAUAGUGUUUCGUAUUCUGAGAUAAAUGCUCUUGCUGGGAAAUCUGAGACUUCUGCUGAUUCUCAUCAAACCAAAACGGAGGUAGAUAAUAGCUCUUCUAUUGAUGAUUUCAGCUGGAUGCAAGAUGGAGGAUGGCCAGAUAGCCAUAACAAGACAACUGACACCAAGGGUGCUAAUGAAGAUGCUGAUUCAUUUGAUGACUGGAAUGAUUUCACUGGAUCAGCCAAUCCACAAAUUUCAUCAAGUAAUCCCUCAAACUCUGAGACAACUGGCAAGACUGGCAAAUCUGAAUUUGCAAAGGAUAGUGAUGAUAAAAGAAUAGCAGUUGGUGCUAGUGGCUCAUCAAGUUUUGACUGGAUGAAAGAUGAUCAAUGGAAGGGGAGCCAUAACCAGGCUUCUGGUAUUGCGACCUCUAAUGAGGGUGCUGAUUCAUUUGAUGACUGGAAUGAUUUUACUGGAUCCACUGUUACACAAAAUCCUUCCAGUAGUGUUUCAUAUUCUGAGAUAAAUGUUCUAGCUGGGAAAUCUGAGACUUCUGCUGAUUGUCAUCAAACUAAAACAGAAGUAGGUAAUAGCUCUUCUAUUGAAGAUUUCAGCUGGAUGCAAGAUGAAGGAUGGCCAGGUAAAAAUAACAAGACAACUGAUACCAAGGGUGCUAAUGAAGAUGCUGAUUCAUUUGAUGACUGGAAUGAUUUCAUUGGAUCAGCCAAUGCACAAUAUUCCUCUAAAAAUAUUGACUGGAAACAAGAUAAUCAAUGGCAGGGGAGCCAAAACCAGGCUUCUGGUAUUUUGACUGCUAAUGAAGGUGCUGAUUCAUUUGAUGAUUGGAAUGAUUUUACCGGCUCCUCUGUUACACAACAUCCUUCUAGUAAUGCUUCAUAUUCUGGGCAAUCUGUGGCUUCUGAUUUUCAUCAAACCAAAAAACAAGUUGGUGCUAAUAGUUCAGUUCAACUUCAAAGUUUUGAUUGGAUGCAAAAUGACCUAUGCCCAGUUAGCCAAAAAAAAUCAAAUGAUCCCAAAACUACUAAUGUAGUUUCUGAUUCAUUUGAUGAUAUUUGGAAUGGCUUCAAACAAAAGGCCACUACACGAGAUUCUUCCAGCACUAUUUCAAUACCAGUUCAGACUUCUUCUGAGCAAAGUUCUGUCUUGAAUUUGUUCAGCUCCUCAAACAAAUCACAUAGUGUGAAUUUUUAGGACGUUUUAGCAGCCCACAGAGUACUACUGCAGCAAGUACACAAUCUGAAGCUGCUUCUACAAACAGCCUACAAACCUACAUGUAGAUCUUUCAUACCGAAAAGUAGAAAUUUAUCCAAUAUAUUGCAUGUCCAGGCUGGCUGAUGUGGAUACCAAGCGAUGAGACUCGAGAGAAGUUUCCACUGCACAAGUAGGGUCAAAAGGUAAUGAUGUGGAAAUGUUAAUGUCUCUCAGAUGCGUGAUCUUUCCUUUUUGCUUGAGAGCAGUCUUAGAGUUUCCCAAAAGUAAGAUGGACAUUCAUUUUUCUUAUUGAUUUCCAGUCAUUCUUCACAUGUAAGUUUAACUUUUUAUUCUUGAGCACGGGCCUAUAUUCUCUGUGUUCUUGGAUGAAUGGGUGGAGGGUGACUUUGAUCUAGUGUUGUGAUUCCACCCUCCUGAAUCCGUCUUUUAUUGUAAACCGCGUAUGGUGGUAUUGUGUUGUUUUAUAGAAUGCGACCACUAUACAUUCGAAGCUAGCUUUUCUGAGGAAGAUUAUGUGUAUUAUAAUUUUUGUGUUGCUGUUGAGGAGUUUCAGACAUUAUUCACACCACUGGCAAUUAAUCUUCAUUGGAUUCUUCAGUCUUCACAUCUGAGCCCCUUCCCUCCCCCUUCUUUUUUCCUUAUCUUCGUUUUCUUUUAAAAAACAUCGAUUUUUUUUUUAAAAGCCCGGUGGAGUUGGGAGAAUAUCCCACUUAAACUUGACAGUUUUGCCCAGACCAAAACAAAGAAGUUGACUGUUUUGGAUUUGAAUCCUCAACGCAAUGGCAGUUCUAAAGUGAAAAUCUUGGGGAUUAAUAACUUUUCCAGUUGCCGUUAUCUUCCAG